AUGAAAUGGAACACACCACUUUUAGAUAGUUUUCUCAAAGAAGUUGCAAGGCUUCACCCUUUACAAAGUGCACUGGCAGGGAGUCUGGACCGCAAAGUUCUGUCGCCCUUCACGUUUACCGAUGGAACUCAUGUCCCAGCCCAGAACUACAUUCGAGUACCUCAGCAAGCUCUCAUGCUCGAUCCUAAGUACGAUCCUAAUCCCGCCGAAUUUGACGGAUUCCGUUUCGUGCAGGUUCGGGACAAUUUAGCGCCAGAAUCUUACACUCGGCUUUCGCAUCCUAGCUAUAUAUUUCCAUUUUGGGGGUCUGUCGCCCACGCUUGCCCCGGUCGGUUCUACGCCACGAUGAUGGUAAAAAUGAUGGUAGCCCAUGUUCUAAUGAACUACGACAUGAAGUUGGUUGACGAAAAGGCAUCGCCUACCUUCUCGUGGGGGACCAAUGUUGUACCAAAUCCGUGGAUGAGAAUCCUUAUAAAACCAAAGAAAAGAGUAGUGUAG